UGAAAGCGCCUUAGCCGGAGCACGGCCGAGCCGGCCUAGUCGUUUGCAGGCGGCCGAGAGAGUAUCUGUCCCACGAGCUCCAGGUGAACUGGCCCCCUUUCGUGGACCUUGCGCCGGGAGAGGGCAGGCGAUCGAGCAGCUGUUUCCCUUCUCCGCUCAGCUCUGCUCCUUUCCCUCUAAGGAUGGCCCAGAAGGAGAACGCCUUCCCCUGGCCCUACGGCCGGCAGACGACACCGUCUGGCCUGAACAUCCUGCCCCAGAGAGUCCUCCGGAAGGAACCAACCACCCCAUCUGCACUUGUCCUCAUGAGCCGCUCCAAUACCCAGCCGCUAGCGGCCCCUGGCCAGAAAGUGGUGGAGAACAGCAAUGGGACCCCCAACUUCAUGCGGACCUUCACAAUCGACGACUUUGAGAUUGGGCGUCCUCUCGGCAAAGGCAAAUUUGGAAAUGUAUACUUGGCUCGGGAGAAGAAAAGUCGUUUCAUCGUGGCGCUCAAGGUCCUCUUCAAGUCUCAGAUAGAGAAGGAGGGCGUGGAGCACCAGCUGCGCAGGGAGAUCGAAAUCCAGGCCCACCUGCAGCAUCCCAACAUCCUGCGUCUCUACAACUAUUUUUAUGACCGGAAGAGGAUCUAUUUGAUUCUGGAAUAUGCCCCCCGGGGAGAGCUUUAUAAGGAGCUACAGAAGAGCCGCACUUUUGACGAGCAGCGAACUGCCACGAUCAUGGAGGAGUUGGCAGAUGCUCUGAUGUACUGCCAUGGGAAAAAGGUGAUUCACAGAGACAUAAAACCAGAGAAUCUGCUCCUGGGGCUCCAGGGAGAGCUCAAGAUCGCUGACUUCGGUUGGUCUGUGCACGCCCCCUCCCUCAGGAGGAAGACAAUGUGUGGCACCCUGGACUACCUGCCCCCAGAAAUGAUAGAGGGGCGCACACACAACGAGAAGGUGGAUCUGUGGUGCAUUGGAGUACUCUGCUACGAACUGCUGGUGGGGAACCCACCCUUCGAGAGUGCUUCACACAACGAGACCUAUCGGCGCAUCGUCAAGGUGGACCUGAAGUUUCCCCCUUCCGUGCCCACAGGAGCCCAGGACCUCAUCUCCAAGCUGCUCAAACACAACCCCUCAGAACGGCUGGCCCUGGCCCAGGUCUCAGCGCACCCCUGGGUCCGGGCCCACUCUCGAAGGGUGCUCCCUCCCUCUGCCCCUCAGUCUGUCCCCUGAUUGUUCCUGCCAUUUACUCCGUUGUGUCUAUUUGUAUGUCUGUGUAUGUGUUGGGGGAAGGAGGGGUCCUGGCCCAUACCCUUAUCUGUCUCUACCUCCUUUUUAUUUAAUAAAGGUUGAAGCUUUUUGUA